GACAUGAUUAGGAAGUAGUUAGGAAUUAGUUAUUUGUUUCGGGAAUAGGGUAAAGUUUUAAUUAGCGACAAGUGACGUGACAGAUCUUUAAAAAGUAAGAACGCUCUAAACGACGCUAGGAGGAGGACGCUUAUUGUAAAGUAGUAGACUUGAGUACGACAUUAUUGACAUCGGACGAUUCCCUUUUGAGUAUUAAACAUAUUGUUAGAACAACAUAUCAGCGUCGACUACAUAUUUGAUUGUUUCGGCCUUUCGCCGGUGUUACUGAAGUGUUGAAUUCAGCGUUACCUACAGUCAGAUCUACACUAGACAGAUUGUCAAGAAUCAACACCGCGCAGAGACUGACUGUGGAGUUAUCGCAUCGCCGCUUCUUAGACAGAUAAGUCAAGUGUUAUUUAACUACUUUCUCCUUAGAAUAAUUAGAGUCUGUAGGGAAGUGACCACUCGCUAGAUUAUCACUACCAGGUUAAAUCGUGGUGGAUUGGGGAUAUCCUUAAAAUUAGGUGUAAUCUAGCAAGAGGUCCAGAUAUACGUUUAGCUGUUAAUUCGUCCUGUGUGUGAAUGUGAAUCAUUUAGUUAAUCAUUUUUAGUAACGUCAUGUAUUAAUUGUUUGCAAUACUCCUGUCUUAAGUCUUACUGUCAGACGAAAGUCUCAUUCAUUAGAACUAGAUCUAUAGUUUGGUGUUUAACGUAUUUAGGUUUAAUUUCAUAGUUUAUUUGGAUGAGUAAGUUAUAUACACUCCUGGCUGGGAAAGCAGGUAAGAAGUAACUAAGAUCUAGCGUAAUCUAGACUAGAUCUGGGGAACAAUCGAGGUGAAGCCUGAUUGCCCAUUUGUAAUUUUAGUAGUUGUAAAUAGACAGGUUGGUCUAUUUACCGGCGACUCGUGUGAGUAACACGUAGUCGGUUGAGUGUGCGUGUGUCGCACAGCGUAUUCAGUCGGGUCAAAGGGUAGCCUACACACUGGUACCAAGGAUACUAAGUGUAUCUUGGAAAGUACAGAAGUUAUUAUAAGUCGGAGUUGGCAGUGUAGACGCCAAGGGUAGAGUGACGAAUUUAAUUUAUUUGAAUCAAGAGGUAUUAGGUAGCCGCGGAGCGAGGUUACGCUCAAAAGGUAAUUUGAUUUAUAGAACAUAGGUAAUAGACGCUAUUAGGCCUGUGUGUAAGAUAAUUUAAAUAAAAAAGCGAGGUAAAGUAACAAAGGUAAUAUGGCAGCUACUUCAGGUUACGACCUGGAAGAAUUUAGGAAAAAGCUAAUUCAUGAAGCUAAGACAGAACUAGAACUGCGCGGCAAAGAACUAACUGCUUAUGUACAGCAGAUGGUGGCGGCAGAAGCAGAGCGCUUGGAGAAGGAAAGAAUUAGAGAAGCGGAACGCUUGGAGAGAGAGAAAGCUAGAGGCAGAGAAAAAGAAAAAGAAGAAGCAGAUCGCAUAGAGCGGGAAAAGGUUAGAGAGGCAGAAAAAUUGGAAAGGGAAAAGGUUAGAGAGGCGGAACGCAUCGAGAGGGAGGAAAAAGAAGAGGCGGACAGAAAAGUGAGAAUUCAAGUUAAACAGAUGAGGAUAGAGGCUGGUGUAAGUGUGCCCACCGAAGGAAACAGCAACAAUAGUGCCAACAUAGAAAGCCAUAGUAGCGCCGCAUGGAUGAAGAAGAAAAUCCAACCUUUUGCGGAAGACAAGGACGACAUCGGCGACUAUCUGAAACGCUUUGAAAUUAAACUUGCAAAGUUUAAUGUCCAGGAGAAGGAGUGGUCCGAAAUCUUGUUGGACUUCGUACAUGGGAAAGCCCUCACGAUUUGCCAAAACCACGACCACUCCAUGCAAAACAGCUAUCAGGUGCUAAAGAAGGAACUGCUAAACGCAUACGGGCACAACGCGGAAACAUUCCGAAAGAAGUAUUAUGAAAACACUCCAUCCAGCCAAGUUGAUCCCCAAACAACUAUCAACUCAGAGAAAGACUUCUUCACUAAAUGGCUCGCAUUCGAGAAUGUAGAGAACACUUACGAGGGGUUGAAGAACUUCAUUCUGAUUGAUAACUUUAUCAAUAAGUGCGACCCUCAGCUGCAGUCUUUUGUAAAAGAAAGAAACCCUAAGGUAAUUGAAGACUUGGUAGAAAUUAUUAGGAUCUUUAAGAAUGCUUACCCAAACAACCCGCUUUCAGUUAGCGACCAUAAAAAAGUCAUUGACCUGGUAAAUUAUGUAAAGAGAAAUGAUGUUAGUGAUAGGGAUUAUGGUAGGAGAAAUGAUAGGUCCAGGGAACGUGGGAACAAUGGUCGGGAUAGUUAUGAAGGCUUAAAUGAUAGACCUUGGGAAAAUGAAAACAAUGGCAGGGAAAGUUAUGAUAGGAGAAUAGAUAGACCUAAAGCGGAUGAUAGAAACGUUAGGGAUGUUACAUGUUUUAACUGUCAGGAAAAGGGACACAUGGCAUACCAGUGUAAGAAACAUAGAGGGAAUGGAGCUGGCAAUAGAAAUGCACAGGGUAAUAGUGGCACUAGUGAUAGGAGAGGUAAUCGAGAAAACCGUAGACAAGAGAGGGAUAAUCGGCCACCGGAUAGGGUUAAUUUUGUAAGGAGCAUCCAAGACAGGGAUCGUGAUAGUGGACAUAGUGAAUCAGAUGAAGAAAUUAAUUACGUUGAUUGUGGGGAAGAUAGAUUUAAAUUAUAUCCAGGCAUGAUAAAUAAUAAACAGGUAAAUGUGAUCCGGGACACAGCUAGCAGUACACUCGCGGUUCGAGGGGGAUUAGUGAAAUCUAAGGAUUAUUUAGGCUAUACCAAAUCGGUCAGAUUGGCAGACGGCGCAGUUAAGAGAUUCGAAGCAUGCAAAGUGUUCCUUCGAUCUCCAUUAUACACAGGGUAUUGCGAAGGUGUAGCCAUGCCAAGGUUAUCUAGAGAUGUUUUACUUGGAAAUGUAACAGGUGUCAAAGCCGCUUCGGACAAGCAGGUUAGAAGUUGGAGAAGCAGGUAUAACAACAAGAAGCGAAAUAAACCUAGAAAUGACAGAAUUUGUUUUAACUGCCAUAAACAUGGGCACAUCGCUAAAGACUGUUGGAGUAGGGCAGAACAGUCUAAACAGAAGAUUGCGAGUUCGGAUAGGAGGCACAGGUCUGUGUCCGACAGUGAUGGUAGAAGAGAUGACUAUGGUAGCGGUAAUCGCAAGUCAUACAGAGGUAGAAGGCCACAAGCGGGCUAUAGUGGUGUAAGAAGAGAUGUUAACUCCAGUUGGAGAGAACAAAUGUAUGAGUCGUGUAGAUAGCCUGUGAAACAUAGCACUAUGAGACCGUAGUGUGUAAAUAAGUUGGAUUUUAUUUAAAUUGUUUAUUCUUAAUUAAUUGACCUAACUAGUAGUCAUAACUAGACGGGUAUUAGGUUGUGUUAAGGUAUUUUUGAAUAGGAUAUUUAUGUUAUAAUAUAAAUGCUAUUGCGUUAUUAUUAGAUUAACUCGUGUUGGUUAUUGAGUUCGGGUAGUAUGUAUGAAUUGUAUGUAUGUUGGUAUGAAUAAAAAGGGCAUUUAUAAGGCGACGAUGUAGUUACAUCAAGGAAAAGUAAGUUUUAUAAUUUAUUCUUUGUAUUUGAUCAUGAUCAUACAUCAGUAAAGAGUUAGGUCGUGUGGGGACAAGUAAGUGGAGAGAGAAAAUUAAAUACACUUGUAAAUGCCCGAAAGAACGUUAGGUGUAUAGUGGGAGAACGAGGAUUGAUAAAUGUCAAUUUGUCAUAUUAGGUAAAUUGUCUGUCCUGACGUGUGAGGGAAAGCGGUGUAACCUCUGGAACGUAAUGUGAUGAAGUAUAGAUAGACACACCUAUAGUGUCAGCGCAAACGAACUAUGUCUGCGAUCACCUAUGGCACAUCACAGUGGACAGUAUCAGUUAGUGACACUUGAGCAGUGUUUCUCAAACUUUUUUGUCUGGCGGCACAGUAAAAAACUAAAAAAAAUUCGCGUCACACCAUGAAGAGCAACAGUUUUUUCAUAAUAAAAAGAAAAAAAGAUUUGACCUGUUUUUAAGUAUUACAUUUAAUGUGAAGGGUGUGCCUGUUUUUGAGAAAAAAUGCGAUCUAAUCGAAGCUCCAGAGUCGACAAACAAACUCGCAUUUCAUCGUCUAUUGUAAGAAGUCUCUCUCUUUUCUUAGACUUGAUUUCGGUCAGUGCUAAAAAUUCAAACUCACAAAACCAUGAAGAUGCAAAUGGAAGAAUUAUUUUGAUUGCUUUUAAACUGAUAGCAGGAUAUAACUUGUUGAUUGAAAUCCAAAACACAUCCAGGCUUUUCUCGGCAAAACUUGACUUUAGAACUGCAUCGUUUUUUAAAUCAAUGAUGAACUGCUCUUCUUCUUCAGUUGUCAGAUUGUAGCUUCAUUGUUUCCAAAUGGAUAGCUGACCCAUCCCAUAGUCAUUACUUCCAACUGUUGGAAAUGAUUCCUGCAAUGCUGACUGCAGGUGUUUCAAAGUGUCCAGAAUUUCGGGGGUUAUUUCUUUAUUUGAAGCACAUUCAUUGUAAGUAAGAAAGCAGUUGAAGACUCCUUUCGAGAUCUUACUUUGCCACAAAGGUAAUUUUUCACCAAAUGACUUCAGUUUUGAGGAUGCAGUGAUGAUUGUUUCGAUGGUCCUUGAAGAUUUUAAUUCAAUGAAGACCUUAACCCACCAGAUCUCGUCAUGAAUAGAAAAUCCAAAGUAUUUUUUUUUCAGCCUCCAAGAAUAAAAUCAGCUCAGCCUUGAGUUGGACGACACGCUUUAACACUUUCUCCCCGGAGAGCCAACGAACGUUAGUGUGAUACAGGAGACAUUUGUAGUCUGAAUCCAUUGCUUCACAAAGCUCUGAGAAAAGUCGGGAUACAAGCGGUCGAGAUUUGAUGAAGUUUAUAACUUCAAUCACUUGAUCCAGAGCAGACAUCAAAUCUUUCGGGCAAAGAUUUGAAGGCAAGAGCUUCUCUGUGGAUCAUGCAGUGAACAACUAAUACUUUUGGAUUUUAUUGACGCACAAGAGUGACGAAUCCCUUUCUAUUCACCCGCAUGGAAGGACAGCCAUCGGUGCAAACACUGACACAGUUUUUCCACUGUGGUUUGAAUAGCAAAAUGUUUUCGUUCACCACUUUAAAAAUAUCUUCGCCUUUGGUCGUAGUUGGUAAGUCUUUGCAAAAUAAGAAUUCGUUGGCACAUUUUUCAUCCCUUAUGAACCGAAUAAAAGCUAGCAGCUGAGCUUUGCCGCUAACGUCAGCGGAUUCAUCAACUUGACGAGACCACAGCAGCGACACUUCAUCGUCAGUCACGUCGAAGUGUUCGCAGAUUUGGUCUUGUAAAUCUGACGAUAAGUCUUCAAUUCUGCGCGAGAUAGUAUCAUUUGACAAAGGAUUUUUUUUUAACUUUUUCGGCGGCAUCGGGUCCUAGAAUAGUUUCAACAACUAUUGCUAAAGCUGGUGCAAUGACUGAUUCAGUCUCUGUCUGUGCGUUCUUGCGUUUUGCUAAUAACUGAGCAACCUUAUAACUUGCAAUCAAUCCCUUUUUUGGCAGCUUUAGGUAGUUCGUAAGUUUCUUAGCUUGUUUAUUUUGUUGAGCCCUGAUGUUUUCGAAGUAUUCCUUCGGUUGCGCUUUUACAGCUGGAUGUUUUGUUUACAAGUGUCUUUUCAAUUUGCUUGGAACAAGCGCCUCAUUCGACAGAGUUGCAUUGCAGAUCAUACAGAAAGGCAAUGGAGAAUCUUCAAGUCCCGAAGAUAUGAAACCAUAUCCGAUGUAAUCUUCUUUGUACCUUCGUUUGGUCCCUUGCUUUUCAUUUAACGCUUUCGCAGUUUUAUUCUUGCUAACGUAUUUCUCCAUGGAUAACAACGAAUAAUGCUUAUUGAUAAUUUGUUAUGAUUAGUAUACACAUAACUAAUUUACAUGAAACACAUCGCUUAUUAUUAUCGUUACCAAUUCAAGAACUGCUGUGCGUCUGCUAAGGCGGCCUACAUUUGAGUCAUUAUAAUAAUAUAUGUAUAGUGGACAAUUCCAUAACCUGAAACCUGAAAACUCCCGCGGCACACCUGCAAAUCUUCGGCGGCACACUAGUGUGCCGCGGCACACAGUUUGAGAAACACUGCACUUGAGGGAAAUAGUUGUUCAGAGGAACUUGAUUGUGGACACAGAAAGAGAAGUUGAAAUCGCAAUCAAGACUCAAGUUGUGUUGUCUUUUAUGUUUCCCUACAUUUUGGCCCUUGCACAUUGUAAGACUAAGACAGUAGAUUAAAAAAAUUGACAGGCAAUUUUUUUUAGCGGGAGGGGGAGGAGUUGUUAUGACAUGAUUAGGAAGUAGUUAGGAAUUAGUUAUUUGUUUCGGGAAUAGGGUAAAGUUUUAAUUAGCGACAAGUGACGUGACAGAUCUUUAAAAAGUAAGAACGCUCUAAACGACGCUAGGAGGAGGACGCUUAUUGUAAAGUAGUAGACUUGAGUACGACAUUAUUGACAUCGGACGAUUCCCUUUUGAGUAUUAAACAUAUUGUUAGAACAACA